AUGACGCUGUCCAAUGAUGACCGAGGUUGGAUCAUGACCGCCUUGAGUGGUUUGGCAUGCAUCGUCGGCGCAUCUUUCAUCUGCAUCGAUAUUCUUGUCCGACAAUUCCCAGGACAAAGAAACUUUCGCAUCCAAGACAGCGAUGUCUUUCUGUCCGUUUCACUUAGCAUGAGUUUUGGCGUCAUGUUAUUUUCUGCAUUGUACAAAAUGUUACCUUCAUCGAAGAAAUCAUUAGAGGCCGCGGGAUAUUCACCAAAGGAGGCAGCCUGGAUUUUAAUUGCAUGUUUCACCGGCGGCGUUGUGGGCAUUCAGAUCCUCUCACGGUUGAUGCACAACUACAUGUCUCAUGACAUUGUCGAUUGUGGUCACACCCAUCAGGAGGAUGAGGAGGCCGCGCAUAAACACGCCCACCAUCACGACCACGACCAUGACGAAUCCCACGAUGAGAUGCGAAAGACGAGAUCACGGACGCGCGCUGGGCGUGGCAGUUCCAGAAAGGCAGAAUCCCAAGCCCAUCACUUACAACCACGAAAUUCCUCGACGAUCCUAAAUGAGACACGAGCAUCUUCCCACGCGCCUCAUCCCGCUUCAGAAGCCGCCAGACGACUAUCAAUAGAUACCUCAAGAGAUCCUUCUCGGCCGUCAUUACCACAAAGAUUGACCGCGAGCAUAACAUCCCUCGCGACACACCGAGAUCCCUCAUGCAACAUCGACGAACCAUGCUACGGCUUCAACGACCUCUGCGGCCCAGAUUGCUUCCAAAAGGCCAGCCAGCGCGGUAGCACGAAAGGAGCGUCCUUCUCCGGGAGAAGAAGCAGCAGCGGCCGUCAUCACUCGCGGCCGCCAAAUAUAACCCUGACGGAGACCACCCCUCUACUACGAAACCCCCGCUCCAACGACGACGGCCACCUCCGCGCCAUCGGACAACACCACGACUCCCACUCCCACUCCUCAGAAACCUCCUCCGCCAUCUCCGACGAUGACGACUCCUCCCCCGAGACCAACCACCAUCACCACGUCCCCACCAACACCUUCCUCUCCCUCGGCCUGCAAACCAGCAUCGCCAUCGCCCUGCACAAGCUCCCGGAAGGCUUCAUCACGUACGCGACGAACCACGCGAACCCGAGCCUGGGGGCGAGCGUGUUCCUCGCGCUGUUCAUCCACAACAUCACCGAGGGCUUCGCGCUGGCCCUGCCGCUCUACCUCGCGACCUCGUCGCGGCUGAAAUCCAUGCUGAUCAGUUUCUGCCUGGGCGGACUCAGCCAGCCGUUGGGGGCCGGCAUCGCGGCGCUAUGGUUCGCUCUCGCCGGUGAGGGGGGCUGGAAGCCCGAGGAGGGCGUCUACGGCGCCAUGUUCGCCGUCACGGCGGGUAUCAUGGCCAGCGUCGCCCUGCAGCUCUUCGCCGAGAGUUUGGAACUCUCGCAUAGUAAGCCUUUGUGUUUCUGGGGCGCGGUGGUGGGGAUGGGGGUGAUGGGGAGCAGUGCGGCGCUGACGGCGUGA